AUGCACACAGCUAUCGAAGAAGCUUGUAAUGGGGUGAAAAUUGGCGAUGGAGGUCCUUUUGGGGCAGUGAUAGUGAAAGACGGCAAAGUUAUUGCUACGGGACACAAUAUGGUGAGCUAUCUCGAAUUUCCUCACUUCUUUUCAAAGCAAGUCGCUCCACUUGUUGGAAACGAGGGCAUUGAGAGAAUUAUCACAAGGGCAUUUGAGAAAAUUAUCAAACACUCUCUUUCAUUAGUGGGAGUGUAG